AAUCCGAAUAAGAUUAACAAAAACCCUUACGCGCACCAGAAACACAACACCUAAAGAAAUGGACAACAAACCCAGAAAACGCGGGCGGAAACCCAAGAAAACUCCAGCCCCAGACACCAUGGACUUGCAAUUCACCACCAACACACCCCAAAUCGAUGCCGUUUCUCUUCCCUCUACCGCCACCACCGAUACCCCUAGCACUAGUUCUAGCCCUCCUCCCUCCGGCCGCGGCCGUGGAAGACCCAGAAAGAAAGGAAAACGCAGGGAAAAGUCGGAACCCAAGUCACCAGAACGAAGGCUGACACGACACGGAGAGCAAAACGGGGAAUUCUAUGCACCCGUCGGUGAAAUUAGGCACAAUAAUAUGAUGGGAGUGGUUGCGGCGGCGGAAUGGGAGACUGUAGUGAAAGUAGUUCCGGCAAUGGAUGCAGUGGUCAAGGUGUUUUGCGUGCAUACUGAACCGAAUUUUUCAUUGCCCUGGCAGCGAAAAAGGCAGUAUAGUUCGAGUAGUAGUGGGUUUAUCAUUGGGGGAAGAAGAGUAUUGACAAAUGCGCAUUCUGUAGAGCAUCACACCCAAGUUAAGCUGAAGAAGAGAGGGUCUGAUACUAAGUAUCUCGCUACUGUUUUGGCUAUUGGCACUGAAUGUGAUAUUGCACUGUUGACAGUCAAUGAUGAUGAGUUUUGGGAGGGAGUUACACCUGUGGAGUUUGGAGAUUUGCCUGCCCUUCAAGAUGCUGUUACUGUUGUGGGUUACCCAAUUGGGGGUGACACAAUUUCUGUGACAAGUGGUGUCGUUUCGCGCAUAGAGAUACUAUCUUAUGUCCAUGGAUCAACCGAGCUUUUGGGCUUGCAGAUAGACGCAGCAAUAAACUCUGGAAACUCUGGGGGGCCUGCCUUUAAUGACAAGGGCAAAUGUGUUGGUAUUGCAUUUCAAUCUUUGAAACAUGAAGAUGUGGAGAAUAUUGGUUAUGUAAUACCCACACCAGUUAUCAUGCAUUUUAUUCAUGAUUAUGAAAAGAAUGGGGCUUAUACAGGCUUCCCAAUUCUUGGGGUUGAGUGGCAGAAGAUGGAGAAUCCUGAUUUGCGCGUGUCAAUGGGGAUGGGACCUGAUAUGAAGGGUGUUCGCAUUAGAAGAAUUGAACCAACAGCUCCAGAAUCCCAUCUUUUGAAGCCAUCUGAUGUUAUCCUUAGCUUUGAUGGGGUUAAGAUUGCUAAUGAUGGAACAAUUCCAUUCAGGCAUGGAGAGCGAAUUAGUUUUAGUUACCUUGUUUCUCAAAAGUAUACUGGUGAUAAAGCUGUGGUUAAAGUUCUCCGCAAUUCAGAGAUACUUGAGUUCAACAUAAAACUUGCAGCUCACAAGCGGUUGAUCCCAGCACAUAUUAAGGGCAAACCUCCUUCUUAUUUCAUUAUUGCUGGAUUUGUUUUUACUUCUGUAUCUGUUCCAUAUCUGCGAUCAGAGUAUGGAAAGGACUAUGAAUUUGAUGCUCCAGUCAAAAUAUUGGACAAGCAUCUACAUGCAAUGGCACAAUCUGUAGAUGAACAGGUUGUUGUCGUUUCGCAGGUUCUUGUCGCUGACAUUAACAUUGGAUAUGAAGAAAUAGUCAACACUCAGGUUCUUUCUUUCAAUGGCAAGCCUGUGAAGAAUCUGAAAAACUUGGCUGACAUGGUGGAGAACUGUGAUGAUGAAUAUUUAAAAUUUGACCUAGAAUAUCAGCAGAUAGUGGUCCUACAGACAAGCAAUGCCAAGGCAGCUACUUUAGGUAUCCUUGCAACACAUUGUAUACCUUCUGCUAUGUCAGAUGAUCUUAAGACUUGAGAAAAAGCUAACAGUAAAAGGAAAUGGACGACCAUAGCACUAUUGUGCGGAUUACAUGGCGAACAGGUGACUGUGUUUGCACAUUCAUGCUUGCAUCUAUAGUAAAAGCAUUGCUCGUAUAGUUGCUCUACUAAGGUAUGGCAAUUGGGUCAAAGUUGUAAAAUGGAACUGGGUUUAUUCUAGAUUUAGGGGGGAAAAAAGAAGAAAAGAGACGGGAAAAUUUUUAUUUUUUAACAUGCUCUGCUUGGGUUGAAUGUGCCGUGUAUCAUAUGAAAUAAUUCUCUUCAGCGAUCAACGGUCUGCUGUUGGCUUAACUAGGCAAACCCUUUUGAAGGCCUUUGUUUGCCUAACCUCUGAUUAUUUGUGCCAUUUGAUUGUUUCUUUUACCAAUUUUAUCCUUUUGUUUAUUA